CACUCGUCAGUGGAACGCCUGCAGCCGUGGCGGCCGCCUCUCACCUUCCGACACAGACCAGCCGAUGAGCCCAGCCGCCAUCACUACCCGUUCCCUCAACUGGUACUCUCACAGAGGUUUCCCUGUCAUCGUAACAUCGCUUCUGAGAACAAUUCGCACACUCUGGACUUAAACAUAAGCUUCCGAGCAAUACGUAACUCUCCGUUUCUGAAUGACGGGCGGUCGGUUCGACUUUGAUGAUGGUGGCACCUACUGUGGAGGCUGGGAGGACGGCAAAGCCCACGGCCACGGUGUGUGCACCGGACCCAAGGGCCAGGGCGAAUACUCUGGCUCAUGGUCGAACGGUUUCGAGGUGGUUGGGGUCUACACCUGGCCCAGCGGCAACGUGUACCAGGGCUACUGGGCACAGGGCAAACGACACGGACUCGGCGUAGAAACCAAAGGGAGGUGGAUUUACCGGGGAGAGUGGACUCACGGGUUUAAAGGCCGGUACGGAGUCCGACAGAGUCUGAACACGCCGGCCAGGUACGAGGGGACCUGGAGUAACGGACUGCAAGACGGAUAUGGCGUGGAGACGUACGGUGAUGGAGGUACAUAUCAGGGUCAGUGGACAGGUGGGAUGCGUCAUGGCUAUGGUGUACGUCAAAGUGUUCCAUAUGGUAUGGCUUCUGUCAUCCGCUCACCUCUACGAACCUCACUUGCAUCUCUCCGCAGUGAGCAGAGUAAUGGUACAGUACUACGUGAUAGCCUGUCUGACAGCCCUGCUGGCACACGUGGUGGAUUUGUGCUCAACUUCCACUCAGAAGGGGAUAGUUCAGAAAAGAAGAAAGGUCUUUUCCGGCGUGGCUCCCUUUUCGGCAGUCUUCAGCGACUGCGCAAAUCAGACUCAAGAUCAUCAAUUUCCAGUAAGCGCAGCUCAGCACACAGUGACACCACCAUGAGCCGAAUCAGUUCAAGCGAUGCCAACUCUACCAUCAGCUUUGGAGACGGCGACCCUGGUGAUGACUACCUGCCUCUAGAGGACAAUGUGGAUGCCACCACCACCGAGUCUUACAUGGGCGAGUGGAAGAAUGACAAGCGCAGUGGCUUUGGUGUCUCUGAAAGGUCUAAUGGCAUGAAAUAUGAAGGUGAGUGGUUGAACAAUAAGCGCCAUGGCUAUGGCUGCACCAUCUUUCCUGAUGGCACUAAAGAAGAAGGGAAGUACAAGAACAACGUUCUGGCCCGGGGAAUCAGGAAGCAGCUAAUCCCACUGAGGAACACCAAGACCAAACAGAAAGUUGAUCGUGCCAUUGAGGGAGCAGUAAGAGCAGCAGCUAUCGCCAGAACCAAAGUUGAGAUUGCCAUCUCCAGGACGACCCAUGCUCGGGCCAAAGCAGAGGCUGCAGAUCAGGCUGCCCAGUCAGCUAGUCAGGAUUCAGAUAUUGCCAGGGCUGUGGCCAGAGAACUCUCCCCAAGCUUCCAUCAACCAGGUCCUGACUACCUAAGGCAGAAGUAUAAUGAGCCACUAGAAUUGAAGGAAGUUCCUGUAGAGGAAAAAAAGGAGAAAUCUCCAUCAGGGAGCCCUCACUUCUACCGGAAAGGCACAACACCCACCCAGUCUCCAUCUCAGAGCCCAGGUCCCAGCCCUAGUGCUUCACCCACUGCUGUUAAAAAGACCUUUAUCAGCAAUAAAACUCCUGCAACUGUUGCUUCCACAAAGCCUGCUGUGAAUGAGAACAAAGCCGUAACAGCUGAAUCCUUGACAGCAGGCAUAACGAAAGCAGCAUCAAAACUUUCUCUCAGACAGGACGUGAGGCAGCAGGAAUCUCCUCCAGCAGUGACACCAGCUAUUACUACAACAGUUAGCAGUUACCCCAGCAAUGGGCAGAUUCACUCCCAGUACCAUGGUUACUACGUCAAGGCAGAUAUUAAGGUUUCACCACCUGAAGAACCAGUUGGCGUGGAGGAAGACCUUUCCCUAUCAAGCCUGGCACGCUUGCCACCACCUGCCAAACUGAAUCGGGCACCACUACCAUCCUUGAUGGCUAGUAGCCCUUCACCAGUUCCACCAAAAGAGAGCACCAAAGCACCACAUCCUCUGAAGCCAAAGAAAACGGAAUCAUCCAAACCAAAGAGCCUCCUAGAUACUAAGAAAGCUAGUAUAGAAAUGGCUCCUGAUAUUAUUGAGGAGGAGUUGUGUUGAUCCUCUCUAGAUGAUAGACUACUGCUAGACGAAAUUGCUAUCAGCUUUGCAGCAACUGCGUCUGACAGGGCCCUAACUCAAUCUUGGUUGCUCUUGUGAUGCUGUUGAAUGUUGGUCUAGCAAUCAUAUUUGUUCAUUUUCUCACUUGACCAAAUCUGAACUCAGUGGAUUCAUCUAAAUUAGUUGCCGGAGCCGCUAACUCUAAAUCCACCAAAGGGGCCUUUUAAAAAAUGGUGCCAGAGAGACGAGCAGACACAGGCAAAACGGAGGACUGAAAAUAGCCAAGUGGAGGAGGAGGAGGAGAAGAAAAAUUGCAUGGAGCAGUGAGAGGGGGGGAUAAGACAGAGAGAGGAAAAGAUGAAACCACCACCAACCCUGGAUGGACUUAAUGACUGUCUUUGGUGCCUGAGUCCAACCUGAUUGGACUGGCGAUGAUUUGUGACUCCACUCAGCGUGCAGUGAAAGCUAAAGCAGGCAGUAGCUGGUUGGAAAUAGGCCCCUUAACUCCAGCUAUGGAUUCUAUAUCAACGUUAGAAAUAAGAAAUAAGAGGGGCCUUAGAGAGCUGAAUAAAUAUGAGUGAUUGUGAGGCCUGGCAUCUAUGCUGCCAAUAAAUGCCUGCAAUGUGUGCCCGCCUGUCGGUAGCUCCAUUUCCAUCCAACUGUUAAGUAUAUUUGGAAGUUUUGAAAUGCUGCAAUAAAAAAGUUUGUGCCUUGUC